GGAGGACACACAAUGAAAAUAAGGGGACAGGUCACCAGCCAACAACCAACAACUCGUGAACAGUGCCACCAAAACUAAAAGAGCAGCUGAGCUGAGGAGGAAUUGGAGACUGACAACGUGAACAACAGUGUAUGCCGCUAUGUCUAUGAGCUCUACGUUUGCGAAAGCGCUUGAUUCAUGGGGAAUUGUUCAACUGCCAACGGUCCAGCGUAAUCUGGACGUUAGUGUUGAGGAGGUGACGGCUGCACAAGAAUCGACAUUGGAGUCCAGAAAGCACCUUGCGGCCAGAACGAAGGAGUUCAGGAAGCUGAGCGACGAUGAGAAGCUGGGUGCGUUCAAAUCUCUGUUGAAAUUGUACCAGAGUGAGGUCGAUGCGCUGACCAACCGUGCGAAGAAGAGUGAAAAUGCGCUGUUUGAAUGCUAUAGGGCCAUUGGUGAGGUUCCUGAUCCAAAGCCAUUGCUAGAGGCAUCUCUGGAUUCUGUCCUGGUUGCCUCUGAAGUAGAAGAGUUGAAGAGGGAGAACGAGAAGCUGAAAGAGGAGAGUCUCAAGUAUUCGGACUAUGAACAACUACAAUCAAAGGUUGUCAGGCUAGGUCAGCAAAAUGCCGAACAGCUAGCCAACAAGCUCAAGUUGAAAGAAGAGGAGAUGAACAGUGUGUUUGCAGAGAAAGAGCUACAAUGGCAGGAGAAGGCCAACGCGAUGCAGCAGAGCAUCACGAGUCUUCAGAAAGAAGUUGUUGAGUUGAAGGCACAGUCCAAAGUGGAUAAAUUGAAAUUGAGGAACCAGAGAAUCGCUCUUGGUGGAGCUGCUGCUGCUGGUGAUGAUGGUGCUGACGAUGAUGGUAACUAUGACGAGAACGACGUUGAUGCUUCUGUUUUAGUGUCCGCAGAUGCGAAGGAGUUGGAGGCAUUGAAGCAUGAGACUGUUAUCAAGGAUAAGCGUAUCUUAAACUUGGAGAAGCGUAACGAGGAUUUGACGAAGAAACUUAGUGUGGCGAAGUCUGAAGUUGAGCAACAAGAGCGUAAGAUGGCAAUGGAGCUCAAGUUGGCAGAUUUCGAACGUGAAAAUGCCACAUUGGUUGCAAGAGUUGAUCACAAGCAACAUCAAUAUGACAGUUUAACAAAGACCAGUGGUCAAAAGAUACAAUCCUUACAAUCCCAAAUUGGUAAAUUACAGGAUGAGUUCAAAGCACUCAAUCAGAAGAUGGGCUCCAUGUCUGAUUAUGACCAAUUGAAGAGAGAAGUCAUCACUCUUCGGGCCAUUCAAUUCGGUGAAGAUGAAGAUGACGAUGAUGAAGAUGUUGAUGAAGCUGAUCCUGUUAAAUCGACGCAUCAAUUGGAUGAGAUCUUAGCUGCUCGAAACAAGAAGUUGACUGCUGAGGUUGCAGACUUCAGAUCACGCUAUGAUUCUUUAAACGAUACCAUUGCCCAACUGAAAUCACAAGUCGAUGCACAGAGUAAGGAGAUGGAACGUUUGAAAUCGCUCAACUCACAGCUGGAGGACGAUUUGCUUUCGUUGCAAUCCAGCAAUGGCAGCAAAUAUAACGAUACAGCAUCAAUGAUCUCCGGUGUGACACGUAAUACAUCGAUGACACACACGCACAAAUCCAGUGGCCGUCGUACUCUAUCACCGGCAUCUUCAAUUGCUGGUGGUAUUAUCUAUGAGGAAGAGGGCCAACAACAGCAACAGCAGUCUUCAUCCAGCGUGUUGCCAAUCAUCACUGCACAAAGAGAUCGUUUCAGAUCCAGAAAUGCUGAGUUGGAGACACAGUUGAAGAAGCAGACUGAAGUUGUGAACGACUUACGAUCCAAGAUUUCGAAACUACAAAAGGAUAACACUGACCUGUUUGAAAAGACACGUUACUUGAGCUCAUUCAAAGGCUCUGUGAACCGUGGCGAAGACGUCGAAUCCCAACAAGCGUCCAACUACUCAUCAAGCUACGAGGAACAACUCCACCCACUGGCCAGAUUCCGUGCUCGUGAGGAGCAGCGUGCACUUUCACGUCUCUCUCCUCUGGAGAGAAUCUUCAUCUCGUUUGCCAAAGCAGUCUUAGCAAACAAAACCUCCAGAAUGUGCUUCUUCGGCUACAUCUCUGGCUUGCACUGCUUAGUCGCACUGAUGAUGUGGUACUUGAUGGGACUGCAUGGAGUGAACGUUGCACGUGUAGGCCAUGAGACCACCACUACGACAACCAUGGGAGGCUCCAGCAUUCAUUGAUCCAGCGCUUUACAUGAAUUUUUAUGUAUGUCCUUCGAAUGCAUGUGACUAUAUCUCUACACUGUAGAUCAUACACUGUAGAUCAUACACUGUAG